AAAGGGGAGAAUGGCCAACAUUAAAAUAAGCUACUUACUUUUGCUACUCUUCACCUUCUUCCUUGCCGCACAUGUAAUACAAGGUCAUAGUCAGCCUCCAGCUGUUCCUUUCCUUGUUUUCAAGUUAUCUUUCCAUUGCCGAUAAUAUGGUCCUUCACACUGCACAUCUUAAUUUCUUUCUCUCUUUUUUGCUUCCACGUCUAGUGCUUCUCUUAUUAAUCCUCCUACCCCUAGCAGAUUUCUGACUGGGCUUUUAAUGUAGGAAAUGCAUUUCCAUAGCUUGACAGGAAGCUGUAAAUCAUUAAUAGGAUCCAGAACUCAAGUAAUACUUCCUAAUUUCCAACAAGGGGUCUCUCAUUCUUCUCCAUUGCAUUUGCAGGGCAGCAACGAAGCAAAGAUGAAUAGAAAUUCAAGGAGGUUGAUGAUUGGAUCCACAGCGCCCACCUGCACUUACAAUGAAUGUAGAGGAUGCAAAUACAAAUGUAGAGCUGAACAAGUUCCGGUAGAAGGAAAUGACCCAAUCAAUAGUGCGUAUCACUACAAAUGUGUUUGCCAUAGGUCAUAAAACAAAAAUGUAGUAGGUUGAGUGGAGUAGAUGUGUGUGGUGUAUAUUGCACUAGCUUCAGAAGAACUUAGAAGUCCAGAUUUGUUCUACAUCCAAAUACUAUUUUGUCUCUGCAGUUUUAGUGCCCAGGUUAGCUGUUCUGAUUUCCUUUUGGCACAGCCGGUAUUUCCUGCUAUAUGGUUAUCAUGCAAGCUUCUUGAGGGAAAGUGAAUCAUUAAUUUCUUCUUGGCAUGUUAAAGUUGAAGUUGGAAAUUUCUUGUUAUAUAAAUGUCUAUAAGUUCACUUUAGGAAUAUCAAGUAGCAGUUGCCUUAAUUUGCUUCCUUUUCUUUUAUCACUAGACUAUGGCCCGAAAGUUGCUCGCGGGCCUCUUUGUA